AUGUCAAUUUCACCAAAGUUUACCUGGGCAGAUAUUGCAGCUGUUGGGAACACCAAGAAGGUUCUUCGUCCCAUACAUGUCUCUGAUGAGACUGAUUCGGAAUACAAGCGUGCAACUACCAUUAUUUACGAAGAUGAACGUCUAGAGGCUCUCAUCUUAACACAACAAGCGAUGUCCAUCGUAAAGCAAAAGUUGACUGAUGGAUCUGUUUUGUUUUCUUCCCCCCCUACUGUAUUCAAGCAUCGUUUCGAGGCUUACCACGCCAUCGAAUCCCAAUGUGGUCUUUUACACGGUGUUAGACCCAUCAGUUAUUAUGGGGUUCCUUCUGACAGUAACAUGUUCUUAGAGGUAAAGUUUCUGGAUGAUGGUAGCACUAUGAAGGCUAUCACCAGUGGUGUCUCUGUUAAGGACAAGAUUUAUAAAGCAAUGAAAAAAAAGUUAUAG